AAACGUGGACGACGAACCUGGGGACGUAAACGACAAACCAGCCACACUUGUACCCAUCCUGGAUGCCAGAAAACAUACACCAAGAGUUCCCACCUGAAAGCUCAUCAUCGAACGCACACUGGUGAGAAACCAUAUUGUUGCACCUGGAAGGGAUGUGGAUGGAAAUUUGCUCGAUCUGAUGAACUCACCCGUCAUUAUCGUAAACAUACUGGUGAUCGUCCUUUCCAAUGUCAUCUGUGUGAAAGAGCUUUCUCCAGAAGCGAUCAUCUGUCACUUCACAUGAAACGUCACAUC